AUGGACAAUUGCGGUUAUCGAGAAGAUAAUAUACCCCAACUCGAAGAUGUGUCCCAAUUUCUUCAGGAGAUAACUUUUAUUUUUUAUGUCUCUCUCUCUCUCUCUCUCUCUCGCUCUUUAUUUAUCUAUCUAUCUAUCGCUUCAGACUGCACCGGUUUCCGCCUUCGUCCCGUCGCCGGUCUCCUGUCGUCCCGAGAUUUCCUUGCUGGGCUAGCAUACCGAGUUUUCCAUUCCACCCAGUAUAUAAGACAUUCAUCCAAGCCAAUGUAUACUCCAGAACCAGAUGUGUGUCACGAACUGCUGGGCCAUGUGCCGUUGUUUGCUGACCCCGAAUUUGCACAGUUCUCCCAGGAAAUCGGUCUGGCCAGCCUGGGUGCCCCGGAUGAUUAUGUUCAGAAACUAGCAACGUGCUAUUGGUUCACAGUAGAAUUCGGUUUGUGUCGAGAAAGGAAUGAACUGAAAGCUUAUGGAGCGGGUCUUCUCUCUUCUUUCGGGGAAUUGGAGUAUUGCCUCACAGACAAACCAGAGAUACGCCCAUUCGACCCAGACAAGACUUCUCAACAGUCUUAUCCAAUCACAAGUUAUCAACCUGUCUAUUAUGUCGCAGACAGCUUCCAAGAUGCUAAACAGAAAAUAAGAGAUUAUGCCUGCAACAUCCGUCGUCCGUUUACCGUUCGAUACAAUCCCUACACCCAGACAAUGGAAAUGAUCAAUAACAAAGAACGAUUGGGUACCCUUUGCAAAACCAUUCGAUCUGACGUCAGUCUCUUGGAGGAUGCACUGCAGAAACUUGACUCAUUGGUCAAAUGA